AAUCCUGCAUAAAAGCAGCAAUAAAUGCUCAGUGGAGUCAGUUCUUCUUCACCCUUCAAAACGUAGCUGUGUCUCGUUGUUGAAAGGGAAUUUGCAGCUUAAUCACUAGCUCUUUUCAGAGCUCUGCCUCGCUAUUGCUCCAGGGAUCCAGCGGAUGGACUUAACCUCUCCCCUACAGCCCAGCAUCUUGCCCGGAGGAAGGACAUUGCCAACGGCAGAUACCCCUCAUAUUUCAUAGUGUAAUUGUCUGGAGUGGUGACAAGAACAUAAAUACAUGAAGCAAAACUAUGAAGAAAUAUUUUAAUAACAGAACCAAGGAGUCUAACUCUGAAAAAUCAAGCAUUUUCUCAGAUUCCUAUAUGUUCUCAAAGGAGAUCGUAAACAUAAAUCCCAAGCCUUUCUCGUGUUCUGAAUGUGGAAAAUGUUUUGGGCGACAUUCAACUCUUGUCAUUCAUCAGAGUACACACACAGGAGAGAAACCGUUCUCAUGUUCUGAAUGUGAAAAAUGUUUUGUCACCAAAACGCAUCUUGUUCGUCAUCAGAGAACCCACACAGGAGAAAAACCGUGCUCAUGUUCUGAAUGUGAAAAAUGUUUUGUCACCAAAACGCAUCUUGUUCGUCAUCAGAGAACCCACACAGGAGAGAAACCGUUCUUCUGUUCUGAAUGUGGAAAAUGUUUUUUCACCAAAACGCAGCUUGUCUGUCAUCAGAGAACUCACACAGGGGAGAAACCAUUCUCAUGUUCUGAAUGUGGAAAAUGUUUUGUCAAAAAUUCAGAGCUUGUCAGUCAUCAGAGAACUCACACAGGAGAGAAACCGUUCUCGUGUUCUGAAUGUGGAAAAUGUUUUGUCACCAAAGCGCAGCUUGUCAGUCAUCAGAGAACUCACACAGGAGAGAAACCGUUCUCGUGUUCUGAAUGUGGAAAAUGUUUUGUCACCAAAGCGCAGCUUGUCAGUCAUCAGAGAACUCACACCGGAGAGAAACCGUUCUCAUGUUCUGAAUGUAAAAAAUGUUUCAGCACAAAUGCAGCGCUUGUCCGUCAUCAGCGAACUCACACAGGAGAGAAACCGUUCUCGUGUUCUGAAUGUGGAAAAUGUUUUGUCACCAAAGCGCAGCUUGUCAGUCAUCAGAGAACUCACACCGGAGAGAAACCGUUCUCAUGUUCUGAAUGUGAAAAAUGUUUUGUCACUAAUGCAGAGCUUGUCAGUCAUCAGAGAACUCACACAGGGGAGAAACCGUUCUCAUGUUCUGAAUGUGGAAAAUGUUUUCGGCAACAUUCAACUCUUGUCAGUCAUCAGAGAAUUCACACAGGAGAGAAACCAUUCUCAUGUUCCAUAUGUGGAAAUUGUUUUGGGCGACAUUUAACACUUGUUAGACAUCAGAGGACUCACACAGGAGAGAAACCGUUCUCAUGUUCUGAAUGUGGAAAAUGUUUUCGCCAACAUUCACAUCUUGUCUGUCAUCAGAAAACUCACACAGGACAGAAACCGUUCUCAUGUGCUGAAUGUGGAAAAUGUUUUGUCACCAAAAAGCAGCUUGUUUGUCAUCAGAGAACCCACACAGGAGAGAAACCGUUCUCCUGUUCUGAAUGUGGGAAAUGUUUUGGGCGACAUUCAAAUCUUGUCAGUCAUCAGAGAACUCACACAGGAGAGAAAGCAUUCUCAUGUUCUGAAUGUGAAAAAUGUUUUGUCACCAAAGCGCAUCUUGUUCGUCAUCAGAGAACCCACACAGGAGAGAAACCGUUCUCCUGUUCUGAAUGUGGAAAAGAUUUUAUCACAAAAGCAGAUCUUGUGAGUCAUCAGAGAACUCAUACAGGAGAGAAACCCUACUCAUGUUCUGAAUGUAAAAAAAUUUUCAGCACAAAUGCAUCGCUUGUUCAUCAUCAGCGAACUCACACAGGAGAGAAAGCGUUCUCGUGUUCUGAAUGUAAAAAAUGUUUCAGCACAAAUGCGUCGCUUGUUCAUCAUCAGCGAACUCACACAGGAGAGAAACCGUUCUCGUGUUCUGAAUGUGGAAAAUGUUUUGUCACUAAAGCGCAGCUUGUUCGUUGUCAGAGAACUCACACAGGAGAGAAGCCUUUCUUAUGUAGUAAUUGUGGGAAAUGUUUUGCUAGUAAAUCAGAGCUUAUCAGUCAUCAAAUAACUCACACAGGUGAGGUGAUUUUAUAAUGCAUCUAUGGAUUAACAUUGGAAUAAAAUAUCUUGUAUUGUGAUGUUUUAUCAUGCUCACACAAUAAAUAGUAACUUUGAUAGUAA